CUACUUUACUUUAAAUAUUUCGGUAGACCGUUUUUACACGUCGGGCAUGAUUUGGAGAGUGUUCAACGAUAAACUAAUCUUAAUAUUAUAAUUAUGUGCCUUAAUAACACGUAAGUAUGACAACGCUAAAAAAAUCAAAAUCAUCAUGUAUUGUCGAUAACCGCGACAUUACUACAUCUACAAUAAAUAUAUAAGUGUGACAUCGGUAUGCUCAAGUGACAUUAUAGUUAGGGUACUACGUUAACAUGGGACUGCAAUUCGAAGGUGCAACUGAUAAUAUAAGUGAACCUCAGUUGGCUUAUAUACGUGGUGUCUUAGAGAAAAGAGGAUAUAAAGACACCAAAGUAACUAUUCAAGCGGUUGGUAAAGAUGGUGAUAACUUCGUCGCUAGUGUUAAAAGAAUUGUGGUUCGAAACGAAAAUGGGGAAUUCCGAAUGAUAGCGAAGAUUGCGACGCAACAUGAAUUAUUAAGAGCUAACAUGGCAUUAGAAAAUAUAUUUAGAAAUGAACAUAUUAUGUAUACUUCGGUUCUACCUAAAUUUCACGAACUGGAAGAACAAGCUGACUUACCUAAAAAAGACAGGCUGAGGUUUCCAGAGUGCUAUGGAUCUUUAACGGCAGCACCACACGAAGUGAUCCUUCUGGAAGAUUUGCAAGUACCCGGUUUUAUCAUGAUGGACAGAUUCAAGACAUUAUCCGAUGAAUGCAUCAGAUCCGUGCUAAGGAACUUUGCCCUCCUGCACUCCCUUUCCUACGCUCUGAAAAAUAAGGAACUGGACGUUUUCAACGAAUAC